CCGACACUCAUAGCCCAUCCCCUCUCUCUCUCUCUCUCCAAAAGUGGGUGUAAACUGUAAAGCAAAGUUUCUCAUUUCUAUCUCUCUAGCAAAAUCCCACACAGAAGCAGGAGAAUAUCCCUUGAGUCGCGGGAAAAAGAGGGAAAACGGGAGAAAAUUGAUUGCGGGUUUUCUUUGCAGGGUGUAAUGCUUCAAUGUUUUUGAAGAAAAUGAUUGGAAGUGGAGAGAGGAGAGAGAGAGAGUAGCUUGGUUUGGUGAUUGUUGUUUGUAGGUUGUCGUUAGUUGUCUUGUUCUUCCCUUUUGCGUAUCGAAGAGGAAAACCCUAGUUUUGGGUCUUCUGGAUCAAGCUGGAUCCUGCUUUGAGGUUGAAUCUGUGAUUAUGCAUUUGGGGUAAUGGAGGCUUCUGUAGCGGCUUUGGAACGGCCACGAGGUGGAGCUUCGAAUACGGUUUUUAAGAGUGGUCCGCUCUUUAUAUCCUCAAAAGGACUGGGCUGGAAGUCUUGGAAGAAGCGCUGGUUCAUCCUCACACGCACUUCUUUGGUCUUCUUCAAAAAUGACCCUAGUGCAUUACCACAAAAGGGUGGUGAAGUUAACUUAACUCUGGGAGGCAUUGACUUGAACAAUUCUGGGAGUGUUGUGGUGAGAGAGGAUAAAAAAUUGUUGACAGUGUUGUUUCCUGAUGGGCGUGAUGGGAGAGCUUUCACUCUCAAGGCUGAGACAUCAGAAGAUUUGUAUGAGUGGAAGACUGCUCUUGAGCAAGCCCUCACACAGGCUCCUAAUGCAGCGCUUGUCAUGGGCCAGAAUGGAAUAUUCCGGGCUGAAACAAAUGAGGCUCUGGAGGGGUCUUUUCAUCAAUGGAGGGACAAGCGCAAUGUUAAAUCCUUGGUUGUUGGAAGGCCAAUCUUGCUUGCUCUCGAAGAUAUUGAUGGAAGUCCCUCGUUUCUCGAGAAAGCUCUCCAGUUCCUUGAGAAGUAUGGAACUAAUGUCGAAGGAAUUUUAAGACAAUCUGCUGAUGUUGAGGAAGUGGAACGAAGAGUUGAAGAAUAUGAACAAGGCAAAACAGAGUUCAGUCCUGAUGAGGAUCCACAUGUUAUUGGAGACUGUAUUAAGCAUGUCCUGAGGGAAUUGCCUUCUUCUCCAGUUCCAGCAUCAUGUUGCACUGCUCUGCUGGAAGCUUACAAAAUAGAUUCUACGGAAGCUCGGAUUACUUCAUUACGCUCCGCUGUAGUGGAAACAUUUCCUGAGCCUAAUAGACGUCUACUACAAAGGAUUUUAAAGAUGAUGCAUACUAUCUCAUCUCAUUCUCGUGAGAAUCGAAUGACCCCAUCUGCUGUAGCUGCCUGCAUGUCUCCCUUGCUCCUUCGUCCUCUGCUAGCUGGUGAAUGUGAUUUAGAAGAUGAAUUUGAUGCUGGUGAAGAUAAUUCUGCUCAGCUUCUUGCUGCUGCCAAUGCUGCUAAUAAUGCUCAAGCCAUCAUUACAAUUCUUUUGGAGGAGUAUGACAACAUAUUCGAUGAAGAGAAUACACGAAGAUGUUCAAUUUCUACCGAUUCACAUAUCGGAAACAGUGGCCCUGAUGAUUCAAGUGAUGAUGGAAACUUAGAUGUGAAAGAUAGUGGGUGUCACAAGGGUGAGAAUGAAGUGGACCCAGUAACAGAUGAUGAUAAUGAAAGGGCACUCAGUGGAAAAAUGAGUGAGAGCAGUGGUUACGCUGGUAGCGAUCUCUACGAUUACAAGGGAUUUGUUGCUGAUGAAUCCGAUGUUGAAUCACCAAGAGACAUUAGUGGUCCAAUUGGGACUUCAUAUCGUCCAUGUCAUGGGAAAUUAGCUAGAGAAAAUGAAGGAAAUAGUGGUCCAGCUAAAGAAAGAGAAAACUCUUGUCUCUCACUUGUUGAUGAGUCUAAUCACUCACCAGGGAAGUUUUCAGCAUCACACUCUCCUGGGAAGUCUCUGGCUGCUUGUGGACUUGAAUCAUCAAGUGGGAAACCCACAACUAAGGCUACCGGCUCUUCUGUCAAGACGAAGCGAACACCAUUCUGGGGUCGGGGCAAUGCCAAAAAGACGCCCUCAAAUGGAUCGUUUGAUUCUUCAGGAGAAGACGAGGUUGCUAUACAAAGGCUUGAGAUCACAAAGAAUGAACUGCGGCAACGAAUUGCUAAGGAGGCAAGAGGGAAUGUGAUAUUACAGGCCAGCUUGGAGAGAAGGAAACAAGCAUUGCACGAACGACGCUUGGCACUUGAACAAGAUGUGUCAAGAUUACAAGAGCAGCUGCAAGCCGAGAGAGAUCUCCGAGCUGCAUUAGAGGUUGGUUUGAGCAUGUCUUCUGGACAUUUUAGCCCACAUGGUGUGGAUUCUAAAACAAGGGCUGAGCUUGAGGAGAUUGCUCUGGCCGAAGCUGAUGUGGUCCGGUUGAAGCAGAAGGUUGCGGAAUUACACCAUCAGCUUAACCAGCAACGUCAGAAUCACCUUGGAUCCCUCUCGGAUGUACUUGAUAAUAAUAAUCAGUAUCUCCAGAGUCAAAAUCCUCAAAUGAGGUUUCUUCAGCAAGAUUUUGAUUCCACCCUUGCCUUUGUAAAUAAUGGAAGAAAACAAAGAAACGAGGAGGGUUUGAUAGAGACAGAGUGGAGAAAUAGUAGAGCGGCAGGAUCUGCAGCUGUUGGCCAUAACAUACAAUCAUCUCAUCAACAAGUACCAGAAUCAAUGAGCAUGAUUGACACUGGGAACAAUGAAGUAUCCUUGAAUGUGCCUGUGGACAAGUUGUCAGCCAUAGAUUCCCCAUCCGUUCCUUCCACUUCAAGAGCAGUAGAUAUGAUGGAAUACCCGAGACUUCCAUCCGCAACACUGGUAGAGUUGACAACACGUCUGGAUUUCUUCAAGGAACGACGGUCACAGCUCAUGGAGCAGCUCCAGAAACUUGACCUCAACUACGAGUUAUCCUCCAAAGACUUCAUUCGCAGACCGUCUUCUCCACCUUGGAACUAACCGGGCAAAACUACUUCAUAGCAUCCAUCUAUUGCCAUGGUGGAUUCAGGCAGCUUUCUCUGUUCUGUAUAUCCUUUUGAUGAUCCAGUAUAUAUUUUUCUCUUCUCUUGUGCUUCAUCUUCCCUGUUCUAGACUCCCUCACGAAACCCGGAAAAUCCUCUUCCUCUUUUCACCCUGGAGGUAGAAAAUGGAAACAAAAAAGAAAAGACGGAGAUGCGUUCCGGGGGAGGCAUGACCAGAUUCUUUUCGUCCUUUUUGUUUAGCCAUCAUUUUGUGUACAUAAAUCUCAUCUUCAAACCACGGAAUUGCAUUUUGUGUGUGAGAAUGGUUAUGCUUGCAAGUAUUUUACGUUUCAACUCA